AUGAACGAUAAGCCAAAAAGAGAUAUUGAUGGGCAAAUAGAUAAUUUUGUACAAGUGACCUCUAUUCUGUCCAGAAGCUCUAUAGCUGUGUCAGGAAAUUCAGUGAUUCAUCAGGGUUGGAAGCUAAUCUGUCCAACUGUCCAGAAGCUCUAUAGCUGUGUCAGGAAAUUCAGUGAUUCAUCAGGGUUGGAAGCUAAUCUGUCCAAGUGUUCUAUAUUUUAUGGAGGAGUGGAAAAUUCAGUAAAAGAGGAAAUCAACCAUCUCCUAAGCUUUCCUGAAGGAAAAUUACCUAUCAAAUACCUUGGAUUGCCUCUCAUCACUAAAAGGCUAUCUUAUUUGGAUUGCAGUCCUCUUUUCAAAAAAAUUACUGGUCAGUUCCAAAUCUGGCUGAAACACAGUAAUCUUUCUUAUGCAGGGAGGCUUCAUAUCAUCAAGAGUGUGAUUUUGGGUGUUCAAAUCUAUUGGACUUCUUGUUAUUUACUUCCAGUUAAGGUCCUCCAAAAGAUUGAUGCUCUGUGCAGGGAAUUCUUAUGGGGAAAAAAUGAUCAUAAAGCUAAAAUUCCUCUUGUAUCUUGGGACAAAGUGUGUAUGGGGAAAAACCAUGGUGGUCUAGGGAUAUUUUCAGCUGCUAAGUGGAACAUGGCAUCAGCUCUCAGAUCUAUCUGGUAUAUUCAUACUGAUAAGGAGCUGUUAUGGAUCAAAUGGAUCCAUGGUACCUAUCUAAGAAGCAGUGAUAUAUGGCAAGUAAGUGCAAAAACUGGUGACUCUUGGCUUUGGAAACAAUUGUUGAAGUUGAGAGACAAAGCUGUGUCUCUUUGUGGAGGAAUUAUCAACUUGAAGCAGUGUCUUAACUCUUCCUACAGGAAUUCUAAAAUUCAGCUAUCUCUGCUGUACGCAAAUCUUCCUCCUUCAUCCAACAAAGUGACCUGGUACGAAACUGUCUGGGAAAGGCUAAAUCCUCCUAGGCAAUCUUUUAUAUUAUGGCUGGCUAUCCAAAAUAAACUCCUAACAAAAGACAUGCUUGCUAAUAGAGGGCUUCUUCAAUCUGUUCAUUGUGUUCUAUGUGAGGGUGCUUGUCUUGAGUCACGCAAUCAUUUAUUCUUUGAUUGUGUGUUCUCUAAUGAAGUCUGGAAUGGGAUUAUGAACUGGCUCCAAUUUAAUUGGAGACCUUGUGAUUGGAUUCUGAUUACCAACUGGUUCAGCGACAGGUUAAAGGGGAAUAGAUUCAAACUGAAAGUGAGACGUAUGGCGUUAGCGGCAAUAGUUUAUAACAUUUGGAGAGAACGUAACGCUCGUAUCUUUCAGUCGAAGAACAGAUGCACUGAUCAAAUCAUCAGAGAUGUUAAAAUUGAUAUGCUGUCAACCAUUCUCAAUAGCAGGCUGACGGAAGAGCACAGGGAAUGGUUCUUUUGCUGA